UGUACCAUCACACCUGGCAAUGUUUUUUCCUAUAUGAAAAUGAAUGAGGAGCCUACAACUUUUACUACACUGAAUGAGAAUUAUCAGCAGAAACACACAAUGAAAAAAGGGGGUUGCUCACCUUUUCCAUGGAGGCUUAUUUCUUGUGUGCUUGGUGUCAUGUUCCUUCUCCUGAUGGUUGCAACCAUUACAAUGGCUUUUUUUACUGCAAACUCAUUUUCUGAAAGAACAUCUUCCUCAAUGCAACAAAAAGGACCUUGCUGUCAUCCUUGUCCAAAGAAUUGGGUCUGGUUCCGAUGCAAUUGUUAUUACUUCUCCAAGGAACAGUUAUCUUGGAGGGAGAGUCAAAAUGUCUGCUUAUCUCUAAAUUCCAGCCUCCUAAAGAUAAACAGAGAUGAGAUGAAUUUCUUCUCUUUGAACUCUUUCUUUUGGAUUGGAGCCUACUAUAAUGAAAUUUUCCAUCAGUGGGUAUGGGAAAAUGAUUCAGCUCUGCCCCCUUAUUUGUUUCAGCUUCCUAGACCUCAGAUGCAACAAGCCUGUCUAUCUUACAAAUCAAAAGAAAUUUAUUUUUCUGAAACAUGUAAAGAGAAACAAGGCUACAUUUGUAAGAAGCACCUUAUUUAUCCUACAAUGUCAUAAUAGAGAUGAAAGUUACUUUUUUUAAUCCCAUGUCCUGACAGCACUGCCAAGCUUUAUACAUAAAAUAAUGUAAAUUUAUAUCUUUGAUAUAAUAAAAAUGAUAUCUAUACAAAUACA